AUGGCGCCCGCGCAGCGCCCACUGCUGCCAGUGCUACUGCUGCUGCUCCUGCCACCGCCGUCGCCGCCCUUAGCGCGCUCCGAGGACGCCGCCCGAGCCAACUCGGACCGCUAUGCCGUCUAUUGGAACCGCAGCAACCCCAGGUUUCACGCGGGCGCGGCGGACGACAGCGGGGGUUACACGGUAGAGGUGAGCAUCAACGACUACCUGGACAUCUACUGCCCGCACUAUGGGGCGCCGCUGCCGCCGGUCGAACGCAUGGAGCACUAUGUGCUAUACAUGGUCAACGGCGAGGGCCACGCCUCCUGUGACCACCGGCAGCGCGGCUUCAAGCGCUGGGAGUGCAACCGGCCCGCGGCGCCCGGGGGACCGCUCAAGUUCUCCGAGAAAUUCCAGCUCUUCACGCCUUUCUCGCUGGGCUUCGAGUUCCGCCCGGGUCACGAAUACUACUACAUCUCUGCCACGCCGCCCAACGCUGUGGACAGGCCCUGCCUGCGGCUGAAGGUUUAUGUGCGGCCAACCAAUGAGACCCUGUACGAGGCCCCCGAGCCCAUCUUCACCAGCAAUAAUUCGUGCAGUAACCUGGGCAGCUGCCAGCUCUUCCUCAGCACUGUCCCAGUGCUCUGGACCCUCUUGGGCUCCUAGUCCUGGCCUGCAAGACACCAGCCCCACCUGGACGACCGCAUCCAAGACCAAAUAGAGACACCUGGCUCUCCCACACCUGGUGCUGCCCCCACCUGCAGAGGCCUGUCCAUCAGCCCUAGGAGCAGCCCCAAGGGCAGGGGGCAGCCAACCACCCCCGAUGCCCAAGUGGCAGUAUGUGAGCUCAGCCUCUGGCCAGGCCAUCUCAUCAGGGGCACUGGAGAACCUGAGAAACUGUCAGUGAUGUUGGGGGCUUUUUGUUUAUUUUUCAUGGUUGGAUAAGAAAGACUUGAGUUUUUAAUUUAAUUUAUUCCUUGCUGUUGCCAGUGACUUUGGGAAGGAAACAGAAUGGAUGAGGUGGAGGUCCUUGGCCCCCUGGAGGAUGGGAAUGGGGAUCCCUAGGCUGGUUACUCCAUUUGUUGGGUCCUGGCUGAAGGCCACCGCAGACCCCACAGUUACCCCGAGACAGGCCAGUGAGGCAGAAGGGGCAAGGUGAGACCCCUGGAUUCUGAGCCCACCUCAGACUCCCAUCCCUGCAGUCCCACCCCCACCCUCCUCAGGCCUGGUGAUUGUCACCUGGAGUGGAAACCCGUGCUGCUGCAUCAGAGGCCACCGUGGAGCCUUGGCCCGCUUGGAGUCACAGCUCUCCACUCUGUCCCACAGCCACUCACGAUCAGGACUUCGCCCCGAGUCCAAGAAGACGUUCCAUUUCUGUAAAUAGAG